GAGAUACCAUGAUAAGGUGCUUCUGCUUUUACACUACACCUCGUUUUUCACUUCCUCUUUUUUUUUUUAAUCAACUUGUGCUACUCUUCUCUGUUUCAUGGACCAGAAUUUAGGUUGUUAUUAGACCACCGAGAGACAGUAUGAAGAUUUCAAGUUUGAAGAAACAAGCUGUGGGAUAUGCUGUUGGAAAUGAAGGAUAGGCAGCGGUGGAGAGCGGAAGAGGAUGCAUUACUCCGCGCUUAUGUCAAACAGUACGGUCCUAGGGAAUGGAACCUCGUGUCUCAGCGCAUGAACACACCUCUUAAUCGGGACGCAAAGUCGUGCUUAGAAAGGUGGAAGAAUUACCUCAAGCCAGGCAUUAAGAAAGGAUCACUCACUGAAGAAGAGCAGCGUCUCGUUAUUAGCCUUCAAGCAACACACGGAAACAAAUGGAAGAAAAUCGCCGCGCAAGUCCCCGGCCGCACUGCUAAGAGGUUAGGGAAGUGGUGGGAAGUAUUCAAAGAAAAGCAACAAAGAGAAACAAAAGUGAUUAACAGAAACGUCGACCCGAUAAACGACAGCAAGUACGAACAUAUACUCGAGAGUUUCGCCGAGAAACUAGUGAAAGAGAGACCUUCACCUUCAUUUGUUAUGGCUGCUUCCAACAGUUCUUUUCUGCAUACCGAUGCGCAAGCGCCAACAUCGACAUUGUUACCUUCGUGGCUUUCAAAUUCGAACAACACUGCACCUAUUAGGCCACCUUCGCCAUCAGUGACACUAAGCCUCUCUCCAUCAACAGUGGCAGCGCCUCCCCCCUGGAUGCGACCGGACAAUACGCCACUUGUUUUAGGCAACGUAGCUCCUCACGGAGCCGUUCUAACUUUUGGCGAAAACUUGGUGAUGUCCGAGUUAGUUGAUUGCUGUAAGGAGUUGGAAGAAGUGCAUCAUGCAUUGGCAGCACAUAAGAAAGAGGCGGCGUGGAGGUUAAGCCGAGUGGAACUGCAGUUGGAAUCGGAAAAGGCGAGUCGAAGGAGGGAGAAGAUGGAGGAAAUUGAAGCAAAGAUAAAAGCUCUUAGAGAGGAACAAUCGGUUGCGUUGGAUAGAAUCGAAGGAGAAUAUAGGGAACAGUUAGCAGGGCUGAAAAGAGAUGCAGAAACCAAAGAACAGAAGUUGGCUGAACAAUGGGCUGCAAAGCAUUUGCGACUUACCAAGUUUCUAGAGCAAGUAGGGUGUAGAUCAAGGCUUGCUGAACCUAAUGGAAGAUAAAUAAAUAAAUCAUUCAUCAGUGUGAUCUAGUUAAGCAUUUGUGUCUUGAAUUAUAUGCGGUUUUUUAUGGUCCUUGUCAUGGUUUUAAAUUGCAGUCAGAGUUACGCCGUGAACUUUUAUGUUGUGGUAAAAUGCAGAUGAUGUUGUCGCAAUUGUUAUUGCGAUAUUGUUGCAGAGUCUUCUAAAACUAUUAUAUUGCGGACGAAACUGAGGUUGAAGAGUGGAUUUUAGAGCCAUGGUCCUUGUGAGUUUUGUUAUUGUCUUUAUUAGAAAACAAUGUUAUUAUAGAUGCCUAUUAAUAUCCUAUCUUUUCAUACAAGUUGAGGACUUUGCAUUUGUAUUAGGAAUAUUGAUGUUGUAGUGCAUAGUUAUUACGUCCAUCUUUAUGAAGGUGAACGAACUUAUUAUAUUCAUAUCUUAUUAUUAUGUUUAUCUAAUUAUUUUUUGUUUGUGUUU